CCUCGUGACAGAGGACGGAAACUGGGAAAAUGGUGGAAUUGCAGAAAACUUUCAGCUUUGAUGAACAGAUUCUGCCGCAUUUGUUGAGGGAUAGGGAAACGUAUAGCGGAAUAUUAGCAGAAGAAGGAUACGACGCAGAGGCUGAGAAGAAAAGGCUGCAGGUUCGCAUUGUUGGACAAGAAAAGGAUAAUUCCAUAAUUUUAACGUGGAUAGACAUCGGACCCAACAGUAGAAAGACAGAACCAAAAGUAACUUACUUUGGACUGUAUGAAGCAUCUCAACGGCAUCUCGAACGUUUGUUUGUUUAUGACAAAGAAGUGGUUGUUACUGGGGCAUCAGUCAAUCAAGAGAGAACUCUACUUGCUUUCACUGUUACUGAGCAAUGUUUUGGAUCAAGCAAUGAACCCUGUAGUUCUCAUAAUCCAGCUAUCUAUACUUCAUUUCUUGCUGAGAUUCGCGGACGGAAUUGUAUCUAUUCAUUCUUCAAUGCAAGGCACACUUUUCAAAAAGUUCAGUUUCUGUAUGGGGAGUAUGUUGGCUAUGGGAGCUCAUCAAAAAAGGAGUCUCAUAUGCUCUUCUUGCAUCAUAAAGAAGCAAUUGGAUUGUACCACUUCCCAAUGGCCAGAUUUGGAGAGAAAGGAAUGAUUAUGAGUGAUCAACCUCGGAUACAGCAAGUGGCAGAUGAAUUUUUUUGGGCAGAAUGGGACUGUCGCAAUCAGCGACUCUACAUUGUGUACCCAAAGCACAAGAGGGUUAAUUCUGGGCUUGACGAGGAGCAAGAAGAGAUGCCUGAUCUCAUGUUUGUAGCUUACCAGUUCAAUGAGAGAAGCCCCCAUUCAAAGGUGCUAAAAUUUCCACUUCCCUUCACUGGUGUGGACCUUUUUCGCAAGACAAGACAUCCUGAGUAUGCUGAUAUUCCUCUGUCUCACACUAUCUCAGAGAAACAUGUCAACAUGCAAGUUGUUACUUUGCCUGGCAAAGGUUCAUUUUAUAUAUGCGUUCAACAUCCAAUAUCUGUUGGAACUGAGGGAUCACAGAACAACACAGAAGAAUCUGUUGAACUUUCCAAUCAGUUGGAAUACUCUGUUUAUGUGUUACACCAUGGCUUUUUAAUGAAAUGUGUGUUACCGAAUGUGCGACCGUCACAAGACCUCAACUACCGUCUGUUUUUCUCGUCACUCGAUAACUACCUGAUGGUCUUUCUACCCGGCCGCUUUAUGCAUUUGUUGAACUGUGGAACAGAACGUGAACCUUGUCAUCACAUCAUCUUACAAGAUGAUGCUGUACCAACGUUUUCUUCUGAGGAUGCCGUGCCUAAUGAACCACGCCUGCUAUCGAUCCUUAAGAAGGAGGUUUCUACGUCUCUACGCACAGGUCCGUACAUUUUUGACUGUGGAUCUGGGAAUGCCUUCAAGUACAGCUUCAAUAAGGAAGCUUUAGCUGAACUAUUUGCUAAGACUCAUAUGCCAAGUACGCGUCUGGCCAUUCUUCACUUAGCUGUAAUUCAUUUACGGGAUUCUAAUUUAACGAGAAAGAUCUUUGAGCACCUGAGCCAUGACCCGGCGAGCCCAGAAUGUUUGGAUCUCCUCCGAGAGUAUCUUGUUGGUGCAACUUAUGGCACUUUUCGUCGAGAGCUCCAGGGGGAACCCAUGGCUUUGAUUCCAUUCACUAGUGUCGACACUUACAGAGGACAUUUGGAAAAGGACGUCAACAGGAAAAGGAUUGCCCAAAUUUCUUGCUCAUUUGUCAGGGAUAUUCCAAUUGAAUUUCAGAAUGUCAAGAGCAAGAUGAAACAAGGAGACUUUUGGACAGCUUUGCUUGGAAGCACGAAAAGGCUUCCGCCAAGGUUUAAACUAAAUUUUCCUACCCCUGAGUUUCAUGAGGAAGACUGGGAUAGCGAAGAAGAGGUGGAGGUAACGUCGACACACGCUAGUCUGGUGAAGUCGCUGCAAAAACGCAUCUCUGCAGCCAAAAAGUUCUCUGGCAGCAGUUACUCCCUCACUUCCCAAACAAGCAGUAAAAGCAAAGAUUUACUCGAUACUCCUGAAGAGUCAAGAUCAGUGGCUGAGAUAAAAAAACAAAACAUGACUAUCGAUCGUCUUGUAGCUCAUUUACAUAAUAAUUUGCCAAAAGAAGCAAAAGUGAAAAUUAACAACAUUGCCAUUGAAUAUGUCAACUGUCAGGCACGCCAGUCGGAACAGCUGUUACGUUUAUUUGUUCAAGCGUUGGAAUUCACUGACAAUCCAUUUAGCUAUCCGCUGUAUUCGCGGGGAACGAUGCGUGAAGUUGUAUUUUUCCAGUUGGUGGAGAGAUUUUCUACAGCCGUGACCGAGCUAAGUUUUCCUCUUCCCUCUGGUUUCCGUACAUCGAUGACAUGCCUGGGGUUUCGCUGCUUGGAAAGAAGAAUGUUUUUACAGUACGUGGAUAAUAGCGUGUUGCAAUUGACGAAAGGUUUUAUAACUCGACUUGUUGAAGAAUUCCAACAAGGUGAACGAGACGAGGAGGAGUUUGUCUUUCGAAUCAUUUGUCGCUUGAAGCAUACUCUUGCUAAAGAGGCCUUACUGCGCUGGGAUCAUCCUUUUAAAGCCAGGUUAUAUUCUCAGAGGCUCGUGGAGGACUUGUUAAACAAAGACUCGUCAGGAGGCCGAGAAAAUUCGGAAGGUCAUCAUACCGGCAGAGGAAACAGCCUUCUUAGUGGGUUUACACUCGUGGACGCCGAUUCCGAUUCAGAAAGUUUCUUACCUUUGACAAAUCUGAUGAACACUCUGAGAAAUAGCGUUGCAGCUGGGGUUAACAGACAAACUGUGACCUCGGUUGAUCUUGACUACGUUGAGGAGCAAGCGCUACUGGAAACACAACGGGAAAUAGUCGGGAGCUUGGGAACGAUUCCGUUUUAAGACAAGAGACGCCACGUGUGUAGGAUGAAGACACCUCGGAGGAAAAACGUUCACUGGAGAGAAUUUCAAGGAUUAGGAGGGUAUUUAAAGCUGCAGUUUCACCUCGCAGAUAAGAAGCUUUGUUUGGUCAAUUACUGUUUUAUUGGAAUCAUAUCGGCCGAAAGCUUGGAUAGAAAUAUUUUUUCUCUUAUCGCCCUUACCAUACGUUAAAAUCCUUAGAUCAGUGAAAGAUAUUGUGAAACAAGAGUAUAAGAAAUAAUGAAAGCUGAUAAACGAGAAGGUCCGAUUAGAAAA